CGAAAACGCAAGGCGAAUCACUUCGCGUAGCUCUUGUGGCUCAAGCUGCUUCAGGGAUUGGCAACUCGACGAGCGAGCACGCGGCAAGACCGGGCUUCGGACCCGAUGGCGGGGCUGCGGCACGCUGCGGCACUGGCGCUCGGUGCGCUGGGCGUCGGCGCCCUGUGGCGGCUGGCCCUGGCGCAGCCCGAGGAGGCCUGCCCAUCGGGCAGCUGCGCCGCUGACGACCCGGCGCUGCUGCAGAAGCAGGCCCGGGCGGCGACGCGCCAGGCCAUCCACGCUGACCCGCCCCCGGGGCCGGCGCCGCCCGUGCCGGACGGAUGGGAGCCCUGCCCCGGCUUGCUCUACGGCACCCCGAACACCUCGUUCGCGAAGGCCCCCAGCGAGGAGGAGUUCGUGGCCGCUCUCGCCGAGCUCGACCUCACGGCCGUCAUGGACGACAUGACCCAGCUGAUGACGGACUCGCAGUCCUGCUGGCCGGGCGACUGGGGGAGCUACGUCGGGCUCUUCACGCGGCUGUCGUGGCACGCCGCCGGCACCUUCCGCGACACGGACGGCUCCGGAGGCGACGGCGGCGGCCGUCAGCGAUUCGACCCCGAGGCCAGCUGGGAGGACAACACGAACCUGGACAAGGCGCGAGGCCUGCUCUGGCCGCUCAAGGAGAAGUACGGGGACGGUCUGAGCUGGGCGGACCUGAUCGCGCUGGCCGGCACGCAGACCCAAUGGGCGAGCGGCAUGCCCUUCAAGGAGUUCUGCUUCGGUCGCCUGGACGAUGAGGAUGGUGCGAAGAGCCUCCCGCUGGGGCCCGGCGAGAUGCAGGAGGAGAUGGCGCCCUGCACUGGUCCCGUGAAUGGGAUGUGCCAGAUGCACCCGAACGAGACGGCGCUCGCGCCGACAACGGUCGGACUGAUCUACGUGAACCCUGGGGGCCCGAUGGGAGUCCCAGACCCCGUGAAGAGCGUCGACGAGAUCAGGGUUGUCUUUGGCAAGAUGGGCCACGACGACAAGGCCACGGUCGCUCUGAUCGGCGGCGGCCACGCCUUCGGCAAGUGCCACGGGGCUUGCUCGAAGUUCGAGUACGAGGAGCCGGCUGGACUGCCGCCCAACAUGGCUUUCGCAGAGGGCACUUACCCUUACGUGGGCAAGUGCCCCAACCUCGACGGCGGGGUCACGGGCAUGGGAAACGCCACGUGGACUAGCGGGUUCGAGGGCCCUUGGACGAGCACGCCAACGCGGUGGUCCAACGAGUAUUUCACGUAUCUCUUGGAUUACGAGUGGGAGCCGUGGUUGGGCCCGGGCGGUGCGAUUCAGUGGCGAAUGAAGGAGAACCCUGACGACCCGCGGAUGCGUCUCACGACCGACAUUGCCCUGAUCAAGGAUCCGGAGUAUUUGAAGUACGUCGAGCUCUUCGCCAGCAACCUGACUGCGCUCAACGAGGCGUACGACUUCUCCUGGACGAGCUUGAUCAGCAACGGAGGCGGCUGGUCAACGAAGAAGAUCUGCGUGCCAUACGGCCCCCCGCCCGAGCCUGGCGCGACAACGCCGACCUCGAUGCUUAACACGGACCCGCGCUGAGGGGUCGGUUGGGUAGCCCAAGUGGACUGCCAGAGAAGACCAUCGGGAUGCGGUGCGCGAUAGUUACCCGUGCGGUGCAAAGCCAGGGCAGCGGCAAAUCGGCGGUGCCGAUUCAAGCAGCCGAGCCGACUGCCCUGGCACGGUUCUCAAGCACCAGCGGAGUCCGCGCAGUUCGCCAACGCAGACAUGUUUGAUUUCAAGCAUCGUUUCUUUAAGCUAUGCGUCAGUUGGCCUUUUUGGCCCUAAGGCUGGCAUCAACUAGUUCUGUGCUCUAGCUGUGGGGCCGCGACGUACAUUGUCUAUUCGUGGCUCCACAGCUCGGCAUCUCGAAAUCUUAUUUCGAGUACUCUUACUUCGAGUAAUCCACAGUUCGGCAUCUCGAAAUCUUACUUUCGCUUACGUGCGUGAAGCGCGAAAAAAAAUCUCGCAAGGCGAAUCAC